GGGAGACCAAUCAUAGCUUGCUGCUUGGACUUGGCCUUGGCCUCAGCACUUCAUCUUGUGUCGGUAGUAUCACGCAGCGACAACACGGAUAUAGCAGUUCGAUUAGAUCAUAGGGAGACGAUAGUUGGGGCCUUCCCCGGGACUCCGCGGAGAUACUUCAAGUGCAGCGGCGAGAAGCGCUUGAGGUUCUCGUCAGGUUGCAGUUUCAAUCAGGAUUGAGUUAGUUGUUGAGGAGGAGGGGAGGAAAAAGGGAGCAGGUGAGGAUCAUGAAGAGAGAACUUGAGAAACACCUCCUUCGGCUGAACCGAGUUCAAGCGGCGAACGACCACAGAGUCGGGCAUGGUCCACUCGGCGAUCAGAUUCCGGGGAAGCAAAAGACGCCGCCGACAUCUUUGGCACCAGUUGUUUGGGAUGACGUGGAUCUGCUGAGGGCGAAUCUCGUGGAGAAGGAGGAAAUGAUAAAGUGGUACGAGCAGCAGCUCAAGUCGAAAGUGUUAUCGGAAGCGGAGCUGAGGAGCGAAGCGAAGGUAGCGCAGGAGGAAGCGAGAGAAAUGAGAAAGACGGUGGAGGAACUAGAGGAGGACCUCGAACGAACUUUCACAGCACUGACUACGGCGGAGGAGAAACACCAAGGGGUUCUUGGAGCACUAGUAGACAUGGAGAAUUGUGUGCAGGACCUGACAAAGCAGCAGCAAGCAGCCGAGCGGACGAUGCAGGCGGUGACGGAGGAGGUAGCGCAGAUCGAAAGGGUCGCCAUAUCUAGACUGGAGGGGGAGCUUCGUACGAAGGAGCGGCAGCUGCAAGAAGCGAAGGAGAUUGAGAAACGAUAUCGCAAGGACAUGGCAAGGCUUGUGAAAGAUGCGGAGCGCAAAGAUAGGGAAAUAGACACCUUACGGAGGCAAUGCCAUGCGAACUUGGCUGCGGAUUUGGAGUCGACGUCAGACUCCGCAGAUUCGCACUUCUGCCGCCAUCGUCAUCCUCCGAGUCGUGGGUGGUUGAUGAAGACCGAAUGCACGGAGUGCGACCAGCUCAGGGUCGAACUGGCUUCGAGGGAGACAGAGGUACAGAGGCUGACGAGCAAACUGCAGCAACUAGGCUCUGUAUCGCGGCGGCUAAGACAGUCAGAGGCGGAGAAGGCAGAGCGGCAGAGUGUGGUGCAGGAAAUGCGAGAAGAGGUAGAGUCGACAACGAAGAUUUUGAGGGAGGUAAGGGAGAGCGAGAAGAACCUGCGCCUUCAGCUAGAGGCAAUAGAGUGGGCGAUGGAGGCCCGAGAAAAGGACGCGGAGGAGUUGCUGGCGGAAAACGUGGAGAUGAAGAAGGACAUGGGGAGAAUGGCGGAAGAGAUCGACAACUCCAGGUUCGAGGUGAGGGAGCUGGAGCAGAGGCUGUCGAGAAUGCAGGCAGAAAGUCGGCAAAAGGAGGACUCCGAGAGAGAAGAGGAGCAGCGAGAGGAGAAGAGGGAGAGUACCAAGGACGCGAUGCAGAGGACGAGACUCAGUCUGGCCUUACGAGCCGAGGCUUCGAAGCACGAAGAGGCUAUGGCGAAGCUGACCGCCGCACUCUCCCAGCUGGCGGCUGCGGAGGAGGAGACAAGCCGACUGAGGAACUUGGUAAGGAACAUGGAGAAGGAGAGACAAGUGCUGCAGGCGCGAGUCGACGAGAAGGAGAGCUUGCUGGCGAAGAUGCAGGGAGAAGCGACCAUGCGCACGCAGUCGGAACGCGGGCUGCAGGAUAUGCUGCAAAGAUGUAACAGACGGUCAGUCCAGCUAGAAGAGCAACUGAGGAGGGAGAGGGAUGCCAACGAGACUCUGAGGCGGGAGAAGAGAGUGGGGGAGAGCUGUCGCCGCAGGAUGGAAGACGAGAUUGAACGGCAAAGGAAGACGUUGCUCCUGGCAGAAAGAGUGGUGGUGGAGAGGAACAGAGACAUCGAGGAAAUGGGUAAGGAGAUGGUGAAGAUGUCGCAGAAACUGCACAGAAGAAACGGAAGAAUACAGACGUUGCAGUUGCACGCAGAGAGACUGGAAAGCAUGGUCACCCAGCAAUCAGGAGGACGCAGAGCCUCCUCUUUCGCACAGUCACCACCUAAUGCCUAUGAUCAAAGCUACGCAUUCACCGAAGGGACGGAUAUGGUGGGGGGGGGGGAGAAAACGACAAGCACGGGACCCUCCGACCAUCGAGUCCAACUGCAACUAUCGGGGAGAGUAAGAGGCACUGCCGCCAGCCAAGAAGAUAGUGGGCAUGAGCAACACGAGGAGGAGGAGGAGGAGGAGGAGGAGGAGGAGGAGCAAGACAAAGUCUCAUCCGCUCCUGACGGUGAUGAGGGCAAGAGAUCUUACGUGGAGCAGUUCGACGUUGAGAUUGAUGUGGACAACGACGGAUCUAGUGGCAGCAAAGCGUCGCGACAAGAAGGGCCUCUACUUACACGAGAGCCCACCAUGGUCCUCAAGGGCGAUGGUGGAAGCGGAUAUCGCCACUGGAUGGAAGAGGUCGGCUGGCUGUCGUAUCUGGAAGAGGCGGAGCAGAGUGACCUUGGUAAAAUGAACUGUGACGUGCGGAAAGGUCUUCUGACCACACAUCAUCUUCGUUGCCGUGAUCGCCAUCCUGAUCGUCACGAUCUUCGAGGUGGCAACGGUCAAGAUUCAGACGUGUUUUGUCUCGUGGAUGCGGCCCAUGGCAAGCGAACGUGUUCUGUGACUUCAUGGGAGGUCGAUCCACGACUGCCGUAUGUGGAAGAGCAAAGCGGUGGCGAUGACGAUGAAGAUGAAGACUCCGCCGACUCGAACUCGAAUCACUCGAGCGGUGAUGAAGACGGAGCUUCGUGGACCCUGCAUGCGGGAGAGUCCUGGACGGUAAAUGAUCGAUCAUUCCCACCAUCGUCUCCGCACACCCCUCAGGCUUCCUCGCAAAAGGUGGAUACGGUACGCAGAGGUUUCUUUACAUUGCUGUAAUCAAGUGCACAUCAAUCUCAUCAGUGUGUCUGAAUAAGGGACGCUGGACCCGGUUCCCAGCAGGUGAA